AUGGUGGGACCUGAGGGAUCGAAAGGAGGUUUUCUCCGCAUCCGUGGCUCCAUCUACACUUCCCCACCCUACUCGUAUUGUGGAAGAAAUGUGGUCGUCUACUUCCAGCGUCAUACGCUUGACCGCUGGGAAAACCAGAGUGUUCUCCGCGGUCAAGCGUAUGACGCUCUAGAGCUACAAAAGGCUACGUGGUUUUGGAGCGAGGACGUCCAGGCGGCAAUUCGUGAAAAGAAGUCCAAAUAUAAGCUCUGGUGGAGGACACGUCAGCCUGAAGAUCGUGAUGCUUAUCUAGCGGCGAAGAGGGAGACCAAAUAA